AGCUCUAAAACCAAGUGCUCAUAUAUUUUUACAAGGGACGCUCCUUGAACUGAAACGAACUAAAAUGGCAGCUAUGGUUUUGUUACGGGGUGCUGCUUUUUUGGCCUUUUUCUACACAGCGUCGUCUGCUCCCUAUUUUUUGGAAGCAGACGAAUUCGCUGAGACGCUCAAAGUGGAAGACGACAUGUCAAGAGUCAUGUCAAGAACAAUUUCCCAAAACGACCGAAACCUGUGGCUUAAAAAGGGAGAAAGUGUGACAAUGAAGUUUUGUCUAGAUGUUGAAGCUUUCGUCAAGAUCAGGAAUAUCUUCUGGGCUAAUGACGGCUGGCUGGACACAAUUGUUAUCAAAAUAAACGACAAACCUAUCGGUAACUUUAGCACUAAUGACAAUUCUAACUGGGGUGAGUUGUGGAACACCCUCAGCGAGAGUGGUCCUGUCGGAGAUGAGAUAAACCUGCCCUCGGGUGAGCACACUCUCACUCUAGAGGUCCCUGAAGCAGACUUCUACGGGGUGGAGAUCGACAAGGUCAUUCUGGAGGUAGACGGCAUGCUCACGGAUCAAGGACUCGCCUGCAUUGAUGCAAAAGAUGAAGCAGACGACCUAGACGUGGGAGACAUGAAAACAGAAGACAAAACUGGACAUGAUUGUUAGCCGUAUGACCAUGAAAUAAGAUGCUCAGGCUUGCCAAGAAGAUUGUGACUGGGCCCGGUCAAGUCAGGAAGAGACUGAUUGGUCCGGACUGGUCAGGAUGAGACUGUGAUUGGCCCGGACUGGUCAGGAAGAGACUGUGAUUGGACCGGACUGGUCAGGAGAUCUGCAAAUCAACUUUCACAUAUGGAUGCGUUACUGAAUAAAAUACUCUGAACAUA